AUGGAAGAGACAGCUCCAGAUACGCCCAGUAGGAAUUCCGGUCGCCCUAGGGUUGACCUGGAUCCGUACAAGGAUGAGAUUGUCGGUCUAUUCAAGAAGAAAAUGAAAAAUGACGACAUUUGCAGGCAUUUGAAGAGACAGCAUGAUAUCCAGAUCUCCUCACGCACCCUGACUAAACGGCUGCAGCAUUGGGGUGUCAAGAAGAAGAUGGAAAACAACACUUCAAAUCAAGCGCUGCACGCCCGCAUCAAAAACCUCUUCUUCGAGGUGGGUCUCACGGACCAAGAAAUUGUCACUGUUCUACACGACGAAGGCUACGAUGUCUCAACCCGGACUCUCCGCAGACUGCGACAUCAGCUCGGUAUCCGGCUCCGUCUCGACUCGCCAGCACAACAGGAAGCGCAGGUCCAGGAAAUCCUCAAUGCCCUGACGGAAGAAAUGGACAAGGGCACUAUAGAGGGUUAUGGCAAGGAGCUACUGCACAACCACUUCCGAAGCAAGGGUUAUGUAUUCGCCCGAGAUCGUCUCUACAAUGUUUACCGCAUGAUGCGCCCCGAGACGGUGGAGCGCCGCACAAGCGAUUUCCAACGACGUCCUCCACCCCCCAAGGUUCUGGCCGGGCCCAAUUUGACCUGGCAUGUGAACGGGUACUCCAAACUGGCGAGUUUUGGUGUCCGAAUCCACGCCGAGAUCGACUCUUAUUCUCGCUAUGUUCUUUGGAUUCAUGUCGGGGUUGAUGCUCACACAGCGACGGGUGUUCUCAAGCACCAUCUUGAUGCGGUUUCCACCAAAAGCCGCCAACCACGUACUCUCCGAUCUGACCUGGAAUCUGAAGUUCCUCUUCUAGCUGAUGCCCACUUUGCGCUCCGCCGUUCUACUGAGCCAGAUGUCCAACGUGAGCAGUGCUGUGCACCUGGCCGAGCAAACGACACUCACCGGAUCGAAUCCUGGUGGGCCCAGCUUGCCAAAUCAGUAGUUACUCUGUACCACAACUAUUUCCGUCAACUGUACAGCGAGGGCCUCUUUUCAUCAACAGUAGUACCAGAACAAGUCGCCCUCUUUGCAGUCUACAUGCCCACUCUUCGACGCCACAUCAAAUCCUAUGUUCAAACUUGGAACAUGCACAACAUCCGCAAACAAGCAGAUCAUCCCGAGCGCGCCCCGGGAAAACCUUACAUGAACUACCACCACCCGCCAAAAGGUGUAGAAAACUUCGGUCUUCCAGUUGACACCCCAAUCCUCCAAGUCAUGCAACAAAAUCACACUCAAACCGACACGGAUGAAUACCUGCCACCAGAUACACUGCGCUGGUGUGAGGCACAACUUCAGGAACUGGGUUUCGACCCUCAUAACCCGCCUGCCCGGUCGCCCGGCGAUCUCCAACCUUUUCGCGCCGUUUACCUAGCUCUGCGCGAGCGGGCGUGGCGGCAUGAGCGAUUAGGCGCCGAACCCAAGUUGGCUCUUUGUGUUGCUGAUCAAGGUCUGAGGGGCUAUAUGCCCUCGCAAUCUAUGCGGUAA